UUAGUAAUAUUUUUUGAUUAGAUAAUCUCAUAACAAUGUCAUAUUGAGAGUUAAAUAAAUUUUAUUUUGAUUAAUUUUAAUAUUCAUCUAUAAUUAUUCUAAUCAUUCUCUUGUUUGAAUAAAAAUCUAGCUCUCAAGAUGGUGUUGACCGAUCAUGUUUCAUUACCAUCUGAUGAACAAUUAACUGUUACUGAAAUUAAUUUAUCCACAUCGGCAUUGAGAGCUGGAGCUUUCCAUGUAGGCAAAGUUUGUGAACACGAAAACAAUGAAUUUGUAUUGUGUCGACAAGAGCUAGAUGAUCCAAGAGGUUGUUUAGCUGAAGGUAAAGUGGUUACAAAUUGUGCUCUGAAUUUUUUUCGAAAUGUUAAAAGAACCUGUGCUGAUGAAUUUACUCAAUAUGCAAAUUGUUUAGAUAAAUCUAGUGGAAAUUUCGAUUUUACUCGCUGUCGCAAAACACAAGCUGUAUAUGAUAAAUGUGUUAAAGAUAAUUUAAAUAUUGAUCGUCCUGAAUACGGAUACUUUUGUCGUCCAAAAAUUCAUAAAACCAAUCGUAAGAAGCCAGAAGAAGAACCGAUUGCAGUUUAUCCAGAUGCCACACCUGGCUUGCCAGAUGAUUAUCCAAGAUAUCCAGCCAAAUAUGGAUCACGGUUUCAUACUAUCAAUUGAAUUUUCAAUCGUUUAUUGUAUGUAUUUCUUAUUUAAGAAUAUAGAAAUAUUGUAAGAAAUACAAAUUGUAGUUGGCAUCAUAUUGUACAUUUUGUUAGUUUUAUCCAAAUAAAAUAUUGAAGAUUGCAA